CGUCAUGCGAGUUGGCUUGUGUUUUAAAAGGCCGGCGGGAAUCCCGCGGUUUAUUUCUAGAGUUGAGCUGAAGCCGUAAUGGUGCGAACUAAAGCUGACAGUGUUCCCGCCACUUACAGGAAAGCUGUUGCCGCUUCUGCGCCCCGGAAAUCAUUCGGUGCUUCUGGAUCCGUGAACGCGCACAACAGCGGCGGCGCGCAGUCGGACACCCUUGCCAAGAAUAAAUAUGCGGGUGGAAACCCUGUGUGCCCGCGGCCCACCCCCGUAUGGCAGAAGGGCAUUGGCGAUUUCUUCGGGGGUCCAAGCAGAAAUCCUGAGAAAGAGAAUCUUCAUCCUGCAUCUGAUGAUGAAGAGGCGGGGGGCAGCGGUGUCAGUAAAGCACCCAGGAAGUCCAGGCCAAUCAUUGAUGAUGAUGACGAGGAUUAAUAAUUUCAUGUUUCAUUCACAUGAUUUCUGAAUUAUUUUAAGUGUAAAUCUUUGUAAAUAAUUGUGAUAUUUCCUUACAUUCUUGUACAGGCGUUUAAUAAAAUGUUGUUUUUCGA